GGGGGGGAGGGUGAAGCCUCAAUUAUUUGUCGACAUUGGCCUUCAAAUGAGCGACAGUUCAGUUCCUUCAGCUGGAGAUGUAGGACUGUGGGAGAGGUGCCACUCGUGUGCCACCGUGCCCCUGACUCGCAGCUAUCACGCAGCUCAGCAGUGAGUCUGACAGUCUGGCGGCCUGCCCCAUGGAUGAUCACACAUCCUCUAAUCUAGCCUCACUGCAGACUGCCGCUGGCUCAAGAUUGUAGCUGCUGUGGUGCUCUCUGUUCGUGCUGCUACUGCCCGGACUUCAGUACUAACACUGAAUCGAUCGCAUGGAGAAAAGACGCUCGACACAGCCCAGUGCUAAAAGGCACCAAUGCGACAAGUGUCAAUACAGCACGGAUCGCCGUGGACAUUUGCAGCAGCACCAGAGAACACACACGGGCGAGAAGCCCUUCAAGUGCACUCUGUGUGGGAAGACGUUUGCAGAGUCAGGAACUCUUAAGAAACAUUAUAGAACACACACGGGUGAGAAGCCCUUCAAGUGCACUGUGUGUGAGAAGGCAUUUUCUCGUUCACAUGCUCUUCAUAUCCAUCAGAGAACACACACGGGUGAGAAGCCCUUCAAGUGCACUGUGUGCAAGAAGGCAUAUGCUAAUUCAAGAAAUCUUCCUUUUCAUCAGAGAAGACACACAGGUGAGAAGCCCUUCAAGUGCACUGUAUGUGGUAAGGGGUUUGCGCGAUUAGAAGCCCGAAAGAAGCAUGAGAAGACCCACAAGGAGACGGAGGUGGAAUCGAGAAGUAAAAGUCAAAGUGCUGUACUGAUCCCAUCUCGCAUGGAACAAGAACGAGAAGACAACCCCAGCUUGGCAACAUCAUCAGCAGUGAAGGUGGAAUGUAAAGAUGAAUAUUUUACUCCAGAACCCGGCCUCCAGAUGGAUAAAGACAGCGUGAAGCAGGAGAAGCAGGAUUAUUUUGAGGGAGAGCGAGGCGACUCCCAGGAGUUUGUGGAUGUGGAGGUGUGGGUAGAGUUUUUGGGGGAGCGGUCCUGGAGCGGUUAGCGUGCUGCGCAACACACACACAGAGUAUACACAGUGGAGAAGGUGAAGUGCUGCAAUGAGCCCAUCUCUUAUGAAACAAGAACCAGUAGAAAUUACAUCUUGGCAACAUGGCCAGGAGUGACGGUGAAAUUUGAAGAUCAAGAUUCGACUCCAGGAACCGACCUACAAGUGGAUGGAGGCAGCGUGAAGCAGGAGAAUUAUGAUCCCCAGGAGUUUGUGGAGGUGUGCGUAAACUUUUUGGACAUAGCUGAGGAGGGGCCAGUACAACGGUGCAUCCUUUUGGGACAUGCUUUAGAGAGUUUCGGUCUAUACCCAAAACCCUAGCUAGCAUCGCCGUGGUUUAGAUUAGUGGGGCCCCUGUUUCACGCGACUCCCCAAAUGACCGUGUGGGGAAUAUAACAAAGACCACUGCCGGUAUAUUCCAGAUUGAUAGUGUUUACUUAGAAUUUAAAUUUGAUAUAAGCUUUAAAUUGUCAAAUGGUAACAGGCCUGCUAAUUCUAUGGGGGACUGCACACAUCACGAGCAAUUAUACCAACCCAAAUGGCCUUCACAACAGCACAACAACCCGACGCCCACGGCUUCACGGAUUUCCUCCACCACGAGCAAUCCCCAAAAGGCACGCACCAAGUAUCACCGGGCUCUGGAACGGACUAAACAAAACGUUCCAAGUACCACCUCAGAGGAUCACCUCCCUUCCUCCCGACAUAUGUCCCAGCUGUCAACACCCCGCAGUCCUCACCAAGCGUUCCCUUCACGGCAGCAGCGGGUGGUUCCCCGUGAUUCCCCACCCCUGGCUCCAAAAACAAUUGUAGCGGAGACGACCCACUGGUGAAUGGACCAACCGUCCACUGCAGAACCCCAGUCGAUCGCGCCCACCAGCCAGCAAGUGGUUAUCACACCCAGGCUGGACUCCAAGGCGAUGGUUGCGGUGCUGACCUACCAGCACGGCUGGGGAGGAGGAGUUUCCCCUGUGGUCGACAUAGUCUCACGUCUCCAGCACGGCAGCCGCAUUGAGCAGGAAAAAGAACGGAAUGGAAUAUCCGCCUCUACAGUCUCCGCAGCGUACCCUUUAUUGAGUUGCACCCUUGGUUUUUUUUUUCCAAAUUGAUUAGCACGGCGAGCUCAUGAGUCCAAACCCUUGUGCUCCCGAGCUGAUCUAAUACCCCACACACCUGCAACCGCUUUCGCACAAAGCCCCCCCCGCGCGUCCCUCGCUCCUCAAUCGAGACACCCUGCCCCCAAAGCUAUCACUAACUGCCACAGCCAGCAUGUGUGAAAUUGCAUCCUGGGAAGAUGUGUAACCUAGAGUUUGAGAAUGAUGUUCCAUAGCAUUCGCUUUAUUCAUAGGCUUCUGAAAUUUCUAGAAGGCAUACAGGUGUAGGUGUUAUCCAAUCGGAGAUGUGCUUUCUGUACUUAUGAAGUAAUUCAUUGCAGAAGUGAAUUAGUCGAUAUGGAAUGCAUACUGCCUAUUAAAAACAUAAUUUAGGUGCAUAUUUUGAUAUGUAUGAAAUUAUUAAGUAUACAUUUAACUGUUGGACAUUGCUAUUAAAAUUACUGCCAGGUAUGGCCGUGAUUUUUGUAUGCUUCCAAUCUGUUUUUGUAAUUGCUUUUUAAAUGCACUUUAAUAACAAAAAAGUUAAGCAAUUUCAUAAUAUUAAAAUCAGGCUUUUUACACUUACAAAAAUGUACAUUCAUAAUAUAAAAACAUUUAAUUUCA